GGGGUGCCCCGAUGUGGGGCGUCCCGAUGCGGGGUGCCCCAGUGUAGGGUGUUCCAGCGUGGGGUGCUGCCAUUUGAGGUGCCCCAAUCGGGGUGUCCCAAUCCUUUGGGUUCGGUUUCGCUCAGAGUGGGGUGUUUUUCUCUAUGCUCGCCGCUGCUGUGCUGGGUUCGGUGCCACAGUGAACAGCCCCACUGUGGGAUGUUGCCGCGGAGUUUUGGGGUCUCAUAUGGGUCUACUGGGUUGUGGGUGCCCCCUGCUCUAGAGAGAGAGCGGGGCUGAGCCCAGGCCUAUUUAUAGCUGGCAAUGCACGCAGCGUGGCAGCACGUGUGUGUGCCACCGGCGGGCGACUGCAGGGACAGCGGGACAGGGACAGGCAUUGUGGGGCCCCAGGGAGCUGUGCCGUGCCGUGCCAUACCGUGCCGUGCCAUGCCAUUCUGUGCCAUGCCAUGCCAUUCUGUGCCGUGCCAUGCUGUGCCACUGAUGGACACAGUGCCAACCCUCCUCCCACAGCAGUGCUCUGAACCCACUUUGGUCAUGGAGAUUUGGGGUGAUGCUGAGUGUUGGCACCCCAUAGACUCACUCUUUUGGGGUGAAUGGGGAUCCCAUACGCUGCUGUUCUCCUGUACCCCUGUCCGGGAUACCCACAGAGGGUGGCAGGGGCUCAGGGCACCAAGCAGCGGGAUCACCGGGCACAGUGUGGGCACUGUGGUGGCAGCUCAAUGCCAGCCCAGGGAAGUGCUGAUUCACGGCACUGAGCAGCAGACUGGGAAGGCAGCAGGGGGCAAGUGGGAUGCCCUACACUGUGACCCCACUGGGCUCUGUGUUUUCCUGGUGGUGGCAGAGGCAGAUUUGAAGGGUCAGCGCUCCCUACGCUGUCAGUGUGCACUGGCGGCACGUUGGGGGCCUUGCCAGCAUUGGGGAGGAGCAGGAGGAUGCUGGCUGCCCGCUGGCAUGGCAGGCGCAGAGGCAUGGCACUGCUCAGCAGCACGUGUGGGAGGGUUCCCACAUAUGGGAUUCCCCACGGUUGGAGUGUUUUUGAGGUACUGUCUGGCACGGUGCUAGGAUGCUGUGUGCUCUGCUCCUGCAUGCUCUGCAUGUACACCCCUCCCUAGCCUCACUCACACAUGCACCACUAAGAUUAGGGCACAGCACAGCACCCAGCCCAGCCUGGCUGGCCCCGAUAACCCCCCCUGCGCGCAGGUUUUUUCCCCCCGAAACCCUCACAGCCCUUGGGGUCGCCCCAUGGGGGACACCUCAGUGUGCCAUACAUCCACAGGUGCUGAGUCCCAACUGGGCAAACCCCACAGCACAAAGAAGGUGUGAGGAUUUUGGGUGCUGGAGGUGACAGCCCCCAGCCUGGCUCCUCACACCCUUCAGGGGCCCCAGGGCGGCCGGCAGCUGCUGGCAGCAUUUUUAGAUACCGGCUGGUCCUAUCUGUGGCUCAAAUGUCCCUGAGGGCGGUCGUCCCCUCCCCGUCCCCCCUGAACCAGCAGCUGUUGCCUGCUGUCUGCCUAAAGCCCCUCCGGCGCAGGCGUGGGUCAGUGCCAGUCCCUUUGGGUGCCACCCAUGGAUGCUGUGGGACCCAUAUGGGGUGACAGCCGUGGGGAGCACCCAAACACCUGGGAGCAACGCUAAAUCCCACUGAGCUGAUUAAGCGGCAGGUCUUAGCUGCAAAUCCUACAGCACAGCGGGGCGGUCAUGCCUGUGCCCGCAUCACCCAACGAGGGUCCUUUCCCCAUAGCCGCCGGCCACACAGCCGCGGGACACCGGGACCAUGACCUCCGAGAAUGACUAUGACCAUCUGGAGCUGCAGCAGUCCUACAGCCACUGGGAUGCCUCCGACGAUGAGUUGGACAACGACAACAGUUCAGCGCGACUCUUUGAGCGCUCCCGCAUCAAAGCGCUGGCAGAUGAGCGGGAGGCAGUGCAGAAGAAGACUUUCACCAAGUGGGUGAACCUGCACUUGGCUUGCGUCACCUGCCGCAUCUCCGACCUCUACUUGGACCUCCGGGACGGGCGGAUGCUCAUCAAACUGCUGGAGGUGCUAUCCAAAGAGAUGCUGCCCAAGCCCACCAAGGGCCGGAUGCGCAUCCACUGCCUGGAGAACGUGGAUAAGGCGCUGCAGUUCCUGAAGGAGAAGCAGGUGCACCUGGAGAACAUGGGCUCCCAUGACAUUGUGGACGGCAACCACCGCCUCAUCCUUGGCCUCAUCUGGACCAUCAUCCUCCGCUUCCAGGUGCAAGAUGUCAUCAAGGAGAUGAAGGAGGGUCCAGAGACACGCUCGCCCAGGGACGCACUGCUGCUCUGGUGCCAAAUGAAGACAGCAGGCUACCCUCACGUGAAUGUCACCAACUUCACCUCCAGCUGGAAGGACGGACUGGCCUUCAACGCCCUCAUCCACAAGCACAGGCCUGAGCUGUUUGACUUCAAAACUCUGACCAAGUCCAACGCCCGGCACAAUCUGGAGCAUGCCUUCAGCGUGGCCGAGCGGCACCUGGGCAUCACCCCGCUCCUUGACCCUGAAGAUGUGUUCACGGAGAACCCCGAUGAGAAGUCCAUCAUCACCUAUGUGGUGGCCUUCUACCAUUACUUCUCUGAGAUGAAGAAACUGGAGGUGAAGGGCAGGAGGCUGGGCAAGGUCAUUGAGCAUGCCAAGGAGACCAAGCGGAUGAUCGAGGGCUAUGGGGGCUUGGCCUCCAACCUGCUAACCUGGAUCGAGCAGACCAUCGUCUCCCUCAACAGCCGCAGCUUCGCUAACUCACUGGCUGGUGUGCAGCACCAGCUGCAGGCCUUCAGCACCUACCGCACAGUGGAGAAGCCACCCAAGUUUCAGGAGAAGGGCAACCUGGAGGUGCUGCUCUUCACCAUCCAGUCUCGGAUGCGAGCCAACAACCAGCGUGUCUACACACCACAAGAGGGGCGUCUGGUCUGUGACAUCAACCGGGCAUGGGAGAAGCUGGAGAAAGCGGAGCACGAGCGGGAGUUGGCGCUGCGCAAUGAGCUCAUCCGGCAGGAGAAGCUGGAGCAGCUGGCGCGGCGCUUUGACCGCAAAGCAGCCAUGCGGGAGGCCUGGCUGAGUGAGAACCAACGCCUGGUGGCACAGCAGGAUAACUUUGGCCAAGACCUGACAGCAGUGGAGGCAGCCAAGAAGAAACACGAGGCCAUUGAGACAGACACAGCUGCCUACAAGGAACGGGUGCAGGCCAUCGAUGCAGUGGCGAAAGAGCUGGAGAGGGAGGGCUACCACGACAUCAAACGCAUCAGGGGGCGCAAGGACAACAUCCUGAGGCUCUGGGAGCAGCUCCAGGAGCUGCUGCGCAACCGGCGCCAGCGCCUCGAGAUGAACCUCACCCUUCAGCACCUCUUUCAGGAGAUGCUGCACAGCAUCAACUGGAUGGAUGAGGUCAAGGUGCAGCUGGCCUCGUCCGAAUGUGGGAAGCACCUCCUUGAGGUGGAGGAGCUUCUGGAGACCCACCGGCUGCUGGAAGGUGACAUGGCACUGCAGGCAGAGAAGGUGCGGGCUAUCAGUGCUGCUGCCCUCCGAUUUGCUGAUGCUGAGGGCUACCGUCCCUGUGACCCCAGAGUGAUCCGAGACCGUGUGAACCACCUGGAGAUGUGCCGGCAGGAGCUGCAGGCACUGGCGGCAAGGCGUAAAGCCCUGCUGGAGCAGUCCCGGGCUGUCUGGCAGUGUCUGCAGGAGCUGGACGAGGCAGAGAGCUGGAUCAAGGAACAGGAGCAGAUCUACUCAGCGCUGGACUACGGCAAAGACCUGGCAGGUGUGCUGCUGCUGCGACGUCGUCACACUGCACUGGAGGCUGAGCUGGAGGCACAGGGAGCCCGACUGGAGAAGGCACUGGUGAUGGCUGAGCAGCUGGCAGCAGCAGGGCGUGAUGCUGGGCGGCUGCGGGACCGGGCAGCUGCCGUGCGGGUACUAUGGGACCAGCUGCAGGAGCUGGUGACCUUCCGCCGCCGUGGGCUGCGGGAGGCCGAGGGCUUCUUCCAGUUCCAGGCAGAGGCUGAAGAACUGGCAGAGGUUCUGGCGGAGGCUCGGCAGCGAGCGGCCAGCGAGGAGCUGGGUCACGAUGAAGUCCACACGCAGGCACUGCUGCGGGAGCACCAGGAGCUGCUGGAGGAGCUGGCGGCUGCCCAGCAUCUCCUGGAGCGCUUGGGUCAGCAAGCAGAGGGCUUCCCACCAGAGCUGCGGGCUGGCCCCGAGGCGCACAACCGCCUGGCAGCAUUGCAGGAGCUGCACCACGAGGUGAGCACGCUGGCCAAGACGCGUGGCCGAAGGCUGCAGGAUGCCCUCAACCUCUACACUGUUUUUGGAGAGAGUGAAGCCUGCCAGCUCUGGAUGGGCGCCAAGGAGCGGUGGCUGGAGAAGCUGGAGGUGCCCAACACACUGGAGGAGCUGGAUGUGGUGAAGCACAGGCUGGAUGGGCUGGAGCAGAAAAUGGCUGGCGUGGCUUCUCAAAUUGAUGCUGUCAACCGCUCAGCUGACGGUCUGCUGGAGAGCGGCCACCCACACAGCCCACAGGUCCGGCAGUGCCAGCAGCAGCUCAAUGAGAGGUGGGACCAUUUUCGGGAGUUGGUGUCCCAGCGGCGUGCAGCAGUGGGCUCGGCGCUCAACCUGCUCAGCUUCCAACUGGAGUGCGAGGAGACGCGCGCCUGGCUGCUGAGCAAGACGCGGGUGGUGGAGUCCACGAGGGAGCUUGGCCAUGACCUGGCUGGCGUCCUGGCCACCCAGCGCAAGCUGUACGGCAUCGAACGUGAGCUGACAGCGGCCGAGAGCCGCCUGGAUGCCCUGCGUCCGCAAGCCACCCUCCUGGCCCAGGAGCGCCCUGAGUUGGCCGAGGACACGGCAAGGCGGCUAGCAGGGGCGCAGGAUGCCAUGGACGGGCUGCAGGGUGCCCUGCGGGACCGAGCGGCUGCGCUGGGAGAAGUGGGGCAGCUGCAGAGUUUCCUGCAGGACCUGGAUGACUUCCAAGCGUGGCUCUUCAGGGCACAGAAAGCCGUGGCAGCCACUGAAGAGGUGCCGACUUCAGUGGGUGAGGCAGAAGAGCUGCUGCGGAAGCAUGCGGCUGCCCGUGAGGAUGCCGAGGGGCACGCAGCUGCCUUCACGGCGCUGCUGGAGGCAGGCAAGCGGGUGACAAGCAAUCAGGAGGACCCUGAGUAUGAGCAGCUGCGGGAGCGGCUGCGGGGUGUGGAGGCAGGCUGGGGAGCCCUGCACAAGAUGUGGGAUGCCCGGCAGCGCUUCCUUGCCCAGUGCUUGGGCUUCCAGGAGUUCCUGCGCGAUGCCAAACAGGCUGAGAUUCUCCUCACCAACCAGGAGUACACACUGGCCCACCUGGAGUUACCCCCCACACUGGAGGGUUCCACAGCUGCCCUACGCCGUUUUGAGGAUUUCCGUGCCUCCAUGGAGAGCAGCGCUGAAAAAGUCCCUAGUGUGGUGACCAGUGGCUCCAAGCUCGUGGCAGAGGGAAAUAUCUUCUCUGAGAAGAUUAGUGAGAAGAACCAGGCCCUGCAGGAGCGGCACAAGGCGAAUGUGGCCAAGGCAGAGGAAGCAGCGGGCUUGCUGCAGGACAACCACAAGCUGCAGAGCUUCCUGCAGAGCUGCCGAGAGCUCACUGCUUGGGUGGAUGAGAAGAUGCUAACAGUGCAGGAUGCAUCCUAUGGAGAUGCACGUGGUCUGCAUGGCAAGUGGCAGAAGCACCAAGCCUUUAUGGCAGAGCUGGCAGCCAAUGAGGCAUGGCUGGAGAAGAUCAAAGUGGAGGGCAUGGAGCUGGCAAGCUGCAAACCACAGUACGGUGCAGUGGUGGGCCGGCGGCUGGACGAGCUGCAGGCGCUGUGGAAUGAGCUACACGGCGCUGCCACGGAGAAGGGCCAGCAGCUCUUUGAGGCCAACCGCACUGAGCUGUAUGCCCAGAGCUACAGUGAUCUGGAGCGCUGGCUGGGGCAGGUAGAAGGCGAGCUGCACAGCACGGAGCGUGCGAAGGACCUCACUGGGGCCAACUUACUGCUCAAGAAGCUGACGCGGCUGGAGGAGCAGGUGGCGGCACGACAGGAGGAGCUGGUGGAGCUGAAAGCACCACUUGCUGGGGUCACACCAGAGCCUGAUGGGCAGGAGGAGAAGCUCCAGCAGCGAUUCCUUGACCUGCUGAAGCCUCUGGAGAAGAAGAGGAAGGAGCUGGAAACUUCCAAGGCGAUGUACCAGCUGGGGAGGGACCUGGAGGACGAGAUGUUAUGGGUGCAGGAGAGGAUGCUAUGGGCCAGGUCAACCGAGCACGGCACCAACCUCCAGAGCGUGCAGCGUUUGGCCAAGAGGAAUGAGACUCUUCAGAAGGAGCUGCAAGGCCAUGCCCCCCGCCUGGCCGAGGUGCUGGAACGUGGUGAGGCGGCUGCUGAAGGAUCCUGCCCGGAGCUGGCGGAGAGGGCACGGGAGUUGCGGGCACAGUGGGAGGCGCUGAGGGAAGAAGUGGCUGCUCGACAGCAGAGGCUGCGGGAGGCCAGCGAGGCCCAACAGUACUACCUGGAUGCUGGCGAGGCUGAGAUGUGGGUCAGCGAGCAGGAGCUUUUCAUGGGAGAUGAGGAGAAGCCGAAGGACGAGGAAAGUGGUUUGGUGAUGCUGAAGAGACACGUGAGGCAGCAACGCUCCAUUGAGGACUAUGGGCAGACCAUCAAGGAGCUGGCAGGGAGGGCUCAGCAGCUGCUCUCUGCUGGCCACCCUGAGGGGGAGCAGAUCAUCCGGCUGCAGGGCCAGGUGGACAAGUAUUACGCGGGGCUGAAGGAGGCGGCCGAGGAGCGCCGGCGGCGCUUGGAGAACAUGUGCCACCUCUUCCAGCUGAAGCGUGAGGUGGAGGACCUGGAGCAGUGGAUUGCAGAGCGUGAUGUGGCAGCCUCCUCCCAGGAGCUGGGGCAGGACCUGGACCAUGUCACGAUGCUGAGGGAUAAGUUUCGGGAGUUUGCACGGGAAACAGGCAGCAUAGGACAGGAACGUGUGGACCAGGUCAACCUGGCCAUCGAGGACCUCAUCGAUGCGGGGCACGCCGAGGCUGCCACCAUAGCUGAGUGGAAAGACGGUCUGAAUGAGAGCUGGGCUGACCUCCUGGAGCUGAUUGACACACGCAUGCAAUUGCUGGCCACCUCCUAUGAUCUGCACAAGUACUUCUAUGAUGGCUCUGAGCUGCUGGCCCUCAUUGCUGCCCGCCACCAGGAGCUGCCCCAGGACCUGGGUGAUGACUCAGGUUCAGUGGAGGCUUUCCAUCGCAUGCACAGCGCCUUUGAGCGUGACCUCCAGCUGCUGGAGGGGCAGGUGCAGCAGUUUCGAGAGGUGGCAGCUCGCCUGCAGACUGCCUAUGCUGGGGAGAAGGCAGUCAGCAUCCAGCAGCAGGAGCAGGAGGUGGCACGGGCGCUGCAGGCACUGCUGGAAGCAUGCAGCGGACGCCGGGCGCAGCUGGUGGACACAGCCGACAAGUUCCGCUUCUUCAGCAUGGCGCGUGACCUGCUCUCCUGGAUGGAGAGCACUGUGCGGCAGAUCCAGACGCAGGAGAAACCCAGGGACGUUUCCUCGGUGGAGCUGCUCAUGAAGUACCACCAAGGCAUCCGCGCUGAGAUAGAUGCCCGUGACAAGAGCUUUGCUGCCUGCAUUGAACUAGGCAAGAAGCUGCUGCAGCGCAAACACCGGGAGUCACCUGAGAUCAAAGCAAAGCUGAUGGAGCUGCUGGACAGGAGGAAGGCCAUGAUGGAGAUGUGGCAGCAGCGGUGGGACCGGCUGCAGCUGUUGCUGGAGGUGUGCCAGUUCUCCCGGGAUGCCUCAGUGGCUGAGUCGUGGCUGAUGGCACAGGAGCCAUACCUGGCCAGCAGCGACUAUGGGCAGACGGUGGAUGCGGUGGAGAAGUUGCUGAAACGACACGAAGCCUUUGAGAAGUCCACAGCCACGUGGGAGGAGCGCAUCGCUGCCCUGAGGAAGCUGACGACGCUGGAGCUCAUGGGUGGGCGGACACUGCAGGAGAAGGAUGUGGUGCACGACACUGCUCCUGAACGUCAUCUGGAUCUGGAUGCGGAGCUAAAGGCAGGGUCUGAGGAGGAGGAGGAGAAGAGGAAGGGAGUGAUCCCUCAGGAAAUCUCUCCACCUGCUGUCGAUGGACCCCAGCCGCUGAUAGUGCCCGAGGAGGAGCCCAUAGCGCCACGGGAAGAGGUAGCCACAUUGCCUGCCCAGCCUGCCCACGUUCAGCUGGAGGGCUACCUGGGCCGCAAGCACGACCUGGAGGCGGCCACCAAGCGUGCAUCCAACAGGUCGUGGAGCACGCGGUACUGCGUGCUGCGGGGUGAGGAGCUUGCCUUCUUCAAGGAUGCCAAAAGCCGGGCACUGGGGGUGCCCUGCCAGGGUGAGGAGCCCCUGGGGCUGCGCAACGCACGCUGCCAGGUGGCUGCUGGCUACAAGAAGAAGAAGCACGUCUUUGCGCUCAGGCUCAGCAAUGGCAGCGAGUGGCUCUUCCAUGGCAAGGAUGAGGAGGAGAUGCAGACGUGGCUGCAGGGGCUGCACAUGGCCAUCACCUCCUGUCAGAACCUGCCGGCCAAGGCGCGCAGCCUGCCCCCACCCCACGCCCCCCCUGAGCCCCGACGGGACAAGGAGAAGCGCUUCAGCUUCUUCCCCAAGAAGAAAUAA